AUGCUGCGCUGCUACUUCGGCGGGUCGCCAACAAGAGCAGAUCAUACUGCAUCAGGGAACUGCAAUCUUUCUGCUGCUGGUGGUGGUGCAAUCGUAGUUGACGCCGAGGAUAUGUCAUGCACGCUCAAGAUAGCGGGAUACUCGAGAACCAAGGCGCUGCUCGAGACCGGCAAGUGGGCAACAUCUACCCCUUUUCGUGUUGGAGGCCAUGUUUGGACCGUGCGUUAUUGCCCAAACGAUGAUGCCGAUUUCAUGUCUAUUUACCUAGUUCUUGAUUCUGAGGGUGCCAAUAAGGAUGUCAAGGUGAGAUGCAAGUUCAGUGUGCUCGACAAGGCCGGGGUGCCAGUGCCUUCUCUCAGCCGUGCCUACAAGUCCAUACAGACCUUCACGCCAAAAGAUUCCACCUGGGGCUACAGCAAAUUUAUCAGCAAGGCGGAUUUGGAGGGGUCGCCGCAUGUCAUAGACGAUUGUUUCACCAUCAGAUGCGAUGUCACCGUCUUGAAGGAGAUCCGUUGCGAGGAAAUUACAAAGCUUAAACGACGGUUUGUAGUGGUUCCUCCGAGCAACAUGUGCCGGGACCUCGGCGGCCUCCUCGAGAGCAUGGAUGGAGCCACUACAGAUGUCGCCUUUCACGUCGGCGAGCAGAAAUUUUCAGCGCAUAGGUCCGUGCUCGCUGCUCGGUCCUCCGUCUUCAAGGCGGAGCUCUUCGGCUCCAUGAUGGAGAAUGCCGGUGAUCCGGUUGAGAUCGGCGAUAUGGAGAGCGACGUGUUCAAGUCAUUCUCAUUGCUGCAUUUCAUAUACACUGACGACUCACCGCCUGAGAUGACCCGUGAAGACGUGGUGAUGGCUGGCCAUUUACUCGUUGCGGCUGACAGGUACGAUGUUGAGAGGUUGAAACUGAUAUGCGAGGACAAGUUGUGCACACACAUUGACUCCGACAACAUGGCGACUAGCUUAGCUUUAGCUGAACAACAUAGUUGCCCUGGACUAAAGGAAGACUGCUUUGAGUUCCUUGCCUCUCCUUCCAAUUUUUAGGCUAUGGUGGCAAGUGAUGGUUAUGAGCAUCUGAAGAGCAGUUGCCCGUCCGUUCUCAAGGAGCUGAUUGCUAGAUUCUUACCCGCUGAGCUAAAAGCGGCCAAGGAUAUCAUCAUGAAAUUCUUAGUACCCCACAGCGUGUGA